GUCCCCACCCGCCCGCUCACCGCCCAACACUCCAGAAAUCUCCCCGGCACGGUCCUUCCAGCUCCAGCCCCACGCCCCAUGCCCGGCCCGCAGCGGGGGUGACCUGCGGCCGCCCGGGGCCGGGAGCAGAGGCGGGCCGAGCCAAGGGCCGCCCCCCGUCGACCCCUUCCCUCCCCCGACUGGCCCGCCCCGGAGCGGUGCUGGAGAGUGGGGCGGGGUUCGGGUCAGUCUCAGCCUCCGGCACCGGCCGCGCAGCUGGAGGCGGCGGAGCGGAAGUUUCAGCCAUGGCUGCAAUCCGAAAAAAGCUGGUGAUUGUGGGUGACGGUGCCUGUGGGAAGACCUGCCUUCUCAUUGUCUUCAGCAAGGAUCAGUUCCCAGAGGUCUAUGUCCCUACGGUCUUUGAGAACUACAUCGCAGACAUUGAAGUGGAUGGCAAACAGGUGGAGCUGGCUCUGUGGGACACAGCAGGGCAAGAAGACUACGAUCGCCUGCGGCCCCUGUCCUACCCGGACACUGACGUCAUCCUCAUGUGUUUCUCCAUUGACAGCCCUGACAGCCUUGAAAACAUUCCUGAGAAGUGGACCCCGGAAGUGAAGCACUUUUGUCCCAACGUGCCCAUCAUCCUAGUGGGGAAUAAAAAGGAUCUGAGGCAAGAUGAGCAUACCAGAAGAGAGCUGGCCAAGAUGAAACAGGAGCCCGUUCGGUCUGAGGAAGGCCGGGACAUGGCAAACAGGAUCAGUGCCUUUGGCUACCUUGAGUGCUCAGCCAAGACCAAGGAAGGGGUGCGGGAGGUAUUUGAGAUGGCCACUCGGGCUGGCCUGCAGGUCCGCAAGAAUAAGCGCCGGAGGGGCUGUCCCAUUCUCUGACUUUCCCAAGGUCUCUCCAAUUCCGCCCCUCCCCCCGGGGGUACACAUCACACACCACCCACCCACCCGCCCCCUUCCACCCUCGUAGGACUCCACACUGCCAGUUUCCUUUCUGGUUCUUUCCUGCCCAGGACUGCAUGAGUUUUCCCAGCCCCGAGUGGGGGCUGGUCGGCCCUUCCUCCUUGCCUCUGGGAACCAGGCUGGUCAGCCCUGCCCCUUCCUGAGCAGGGCCCCUCCUCCCGCUGCAUUGGUCCAGGGAUAGGGCUCUUAGUCCCUUUGGCCUUCCCCAUAUCACACACCAGCACUUUAUAUAUUUCUGGCUCACAGGAGGAGUCUGGGAUAGGGACCGGGGUUUCUGCUUUGGGUAGUAGCCUUGCUCUGACUUUACUUGGUGGGAGGGCAGGACAUGAAUAAAGGUCAAAGGUUCCGCCA